UUUGGACCACUAUGAAAAUGACAAUCCCUUUGUCCUCUGUCUUCAUACUAAGAUAAACGGUGCUAUGCUUUUAUCACAUGAAAAAUGAAGUGGCUGAUGCCCUUCUUGUGCUUAAGUACAAGGAUGGUAAAUGGGUAGGGCCCACCGAAGGUGCUUCUAAGUUCUGAACUAUUUGGGGUCUCCAUGUGACUCAAACCCUCCCUUCAGCAGCUUUAUGUAAAGCUCUAUUGAUUCUUCCAUUUAUUUAUUCCCUUCUUCCACAUUCUUAGAUGCACAUUUGCUAAGUUUCUCUCGCUUUGGUUCCUCUCUUGCUAGCUAGUUACCGUUCCUUGAAUGAACCAAUGAAGCAACAAAUUAUCUUGCUUUUCUCUGCUCUCCUUCUUUCCUCUUUCAUAGCUUCUGUUUGUUUCCUCGUACCACCAAAAGGUCCAAGACAAGGUGAAAAGGAAGUGAAUGUCAAUGAUAACCCCAUUGCUCAGUCAUCCUCUGAGUUGAAAGAUGAUAUAGAAGAGCUAAUGGGAUCAGAGGAGUGCUAUGAGAAAGAUGAAGAAUGCUCAAGCAGAAGGAUGAUUACGGAGGCCCACUUGGAUUACAUCUACACCCAACAUCAUAAGCCUUGAAUUAAUUCAACGUUCUCCUCUAUAUGAAACUAAUAAAUUCGAGAUGUAAGUCUAUGUUCUAUUUUUCCGAGGUUCAACUAGUCACUGUAUAUAAAUAUGAGAAGGGGAAUUAUCAAAUAGAUCAGCUACAGAUAUAUGUUGAGUUCAUCACAUGAAUAAGGUUUUCGAGAUAUAUGUGAACUAUGGUUUGUACAUUCACAAUCGUGCAAAUUUCAUAUAAUUCC